CUCUGCUUUAUAUUGCUUCGAGGGGGAAAUCGUUGAGUCGGGCGUGGGAGUAAUUAGCCAAUCUUUCGUAUUCUAUCCCGGUAAAUGAAAGCUCAAAGCUGACAACCAGACUCCCUUACUGCGGCGUCCACAGACAGUUUCGGGCGUCUUUCUGCAUCUUACAACUUUUGCUUCGAUCCUAGUGGAGGAAACAGCUUACCGGACCAACAGCACCGUACCUUUAUAGAGGGACGACGGACAUAUAACGCUCAUCAAUCGCGAAAUAUAGGUAAUCGACUUUCAAAACAUUGACUACCAACAGUAGCUGAAGUCCAACGCAGGCAGCAUGUCCGCCCCCACAGACCCAGAGGUGAAGGAGCUGAACCCAGUUGACUUCAUCCAGCUACAGCAGUACAUUGACUACUGCAGGCUUAAGGUUAAAGAUGUGCUAAGGGAAUUUGAUGCAGAUGGCAGGCUGGCCCAUCACCGACAUGGAGAGUGUAUCAAUGAGGAGGGCUUUCGUCUCUUUCUGAAGACCUAUCUGGAGGUGGAGGACUUCCCCAAGGAUCUCUGCCAGCGCCUGUUCAGAUCCUUCCAGAAUGGAACCGAGCCUGACGGGCAGGUCAAUGCUAAAGAGGUAUUUCUGAAGGAUGUCUCCUGUUACUUCUCCCUGUUGGAGGAUGGACAACCAAGAGACAAGCUGGAGUUUGCUUUCAAACUGUAUGACAGAGAUGGCAAUGGAGUUCUUGACAGCUCUGAGGUUGACAGAAUCAUUGCUCAGAUGAUGCAUGCUGCAGACUACCUGGGUUGGGAUGUGUCUGAGCUGAGACCAGUGCUGAAAGAUAUGAUGACUGCCAUUGACGCAGACAGCAGUGGUACGGUUUCUCUGGAUGAGUGGGUGGCAGGAGGAAUGAACAAUGUCCCGCUGCUGGUGUUACUGGGGCUGAAGAUGACCGAGAAGGAUGGCCAGCACCUGUGGAGGAUGAAGCAUUUCAACAAGCCUGUCUACUGCAAUGUGUGUCAGAACAUGCUGCUAGGACUGCGGAAACAGGGACUUUGUUGCACCUGUUGUAAAUAUACAGUCCAUGGACGCUGUGCUAACAGAAACCCAGCUCCCUGUACCAGGACCUAUGUCAAGUCAAAGAAAGACACAGGGGUACCAACCCAUGACUGGGUGAGUGGAAGCUGUGACUCUGGGAAGUGUGACAAGUGUCAGAAGAAGAUCAAGAGUUAUCACGGACUGACUGGAAAACACUGUGUCUGGUGCCACUCCAUGCGCCAUGAUGAGUGUGCCUCUGAGGAGCCCUUGGACUGUAGCUGUGGACCUCUCCGGGACCAUAUCCUCCCUCCCUGGGCCAUCUACCCUGUUAUAAUGGAGAGGCCAAACAGCUCCUCGAGCUCCACGGAUGACAAUGACCAGAACAUUACUCCAGAUGGACAGGUUCUUCAGAUAAACCCAGUCCCAGACACUCAUCCUCUGUUAGUGUUUGUGAACCCUAAAAGUGGAGGCAAGCAAGGAGAAAGAGUUCUGCGUAAAUUUCAGUAUUUGCUGAAUCCACGGCAAGUGUAUAACCUCUCCAAUGGCGGGCCUGGACCAGGGCUGAGCUUUUUCCGAAAUCUGAAGGAUUUCAGGAUCCUGGUUUGCGGAGGCGAUGGCACUGUGGGAUGGAUACUUGAUGCCAUAGAUAAGGCCAAUCUUCAAGCGCGACCCCCUGUUGCUGUGUUACCCCUUGGCACAGGAAAUGACCUUGCACGUUGUCUUAGGUGGGGAGGAGGCUAUGAUGGGACAGAUCUGUGUCGGAUUCUGAAGGACAUUGAGGGAAGCACCCCUGUGCUGAUGGACCGGUGGAAUGUCGAGGUGAUCUUGGAGGACCCCCAGGAGAGGGGGGACCCCGUGCCUUACGAGAUCAUCAACAAUUACUUCUCCAUUGGCGUGGAUGCCUCCAUUGCCCACCGGUUUCAUACAAUGCGAGAGAAACACCCACAGAAAUUCAACAGCAGAAUGAAGAACAAGUUGUGGUACUUUGAGUUUGCCACCUCAGAGACCAUCUCUGCGUCAUGCAAGAAACUGAAUGAAUGUCUUACAAUUGAGUGCUGUGGCACCCCAUUGGACCUGACUGGCCUUUCUAUGGAGGGGAUCGCUGUACUCAACAUUCCCAGCAUGCAUGGUGGCUCUAAUCUGUGGGGAGAAGCUAAGAAGACUGAAUGCAAGUGCUUGAUGAAUGCUCAGGAAAUGCCAGAGGUUAUUGUUGACCCUGAAGUCCUGAAAGUCAGUGGACAAGACCUCAGUGACCGGCGUUUGGAGAUUGUUGGCCUAGAAGGGGCCAUUGAGAUGGGGCAGAUAUAUACGGGACUUAAAACUGCUAUAAGACUUGCAAAAACCUCCCAGAUCACUAUCAGGACUAAGAAACCUUUACCGAUGCAGAUCGAUGGGGAGCCCUGGAUGCAGCCACCAUGUACGAUUCACAUCACACACAAGAACCAGGCCAGUAUGCUGAUGGCUCCCCCGGGCCGCUCCAGCUUCUUCAGCUCAAAGUAGUAGCCCGCUCUCUGGCUACAUGCGCUAACAUGGCUGGCCUGUAUGCACUUGCUUAUUAUUGUACAUUUCUUAAAUGACUGGCGCAUCUUGGUUUGUGAAACAUUGGCAUGGGCGUAUUUCAAUGAAAUACAAGGAAACACAUUUUCUAAAUGUUCAACACAUUGCUUUUGUUCUGCAUCAGUGCUUGACAAUAUUAUGAAAGGGUGUAUAAUGUUCUUUUACAUGACUCUGGAUGUAUAUUUAGGAGCUUUUAGUGGGUUUUAUGUGCCUUUGCCAUAAUUUAGCCAAAUUAAUCUUGUGUUAUCAAAGAGCAAAAGACUAGGUUAGUUUCCAUGGUCUAAGAGGUGGCCUCGGCUUCCAACAAGGUUUAGCAUUUUCUUUAAUUGUUAGGGCGAUAAUUUAAAUAUGUAAAUAUAAUUUGGUAAAUAAAAGUCUACAAUUAUCCAGGUUUAAUUAAGUUAUGAAAUAUUCAACGCUCAGUGCAUAAUGAUUUUGGCAAUAUACCCACAAGUGCAGAUUUUAUAUUAAAUUAUUAUGCAUUCUUUAGCAGUGAAUGUAAGCAGGAAAAUUUUAUUUCUCAAAUUCCAUUGUUUUAACAGCAGAACCAACACUUUUAAUUGAAAAGGAAUCAAUGUUAGUGCAAGGUUUCUCAUUCAAACCCAUGAAUUGUAGGUUGGACAUGUAAUUCAACUUGAAUCCUAGGGUGGAAUAAAUUGUUUAAAUUAUGUUAUAGGUAUUUCAAUAAACUAUCAUGACAACAA